UAGAGUUGGCUACACUUGUAACACGUAUAAAUAUUUCUGGUAACACAUACUCUACUAAAUAUCUGCCGGCGUAUAUUAUCAGAUUGAUAUUAUUAUGCUUGAACUUGUAUGGCAUUAUGGCUCCUGAUUCAAAAGAAGAACGGUAUUUCUAUUUUAAUACCUUAGCCAUUUUAUUAAAAGCAGUCCAAAAUGAACGUACGACAAUAGAUCUUCGAAAUGAAGCAUCAGUUUAUGGUAUUGUAGAACACACAGAUGCUUACAUGAAUAUUGUAAUGAGAGAUUGCAUCUUCACAGACCCUAGGGGAGACUCGUACAGUUACGACAUGUUCUUUGUGCAAGCAAGAAAUAUCCGUUUCGUUCAUAUUCCACCAAAAAUACGUAUUAUACCAGCUAUCAAGGAACAAUUGCAACAUUUGCUAAUGCAUAAGAGGGACCUAACACGUACUAAACGUACAUUUAAAUCAAAACAUACUGAACAAAAACAACGAGAAGGGCUAGCAGCAGUGGAGAAAAUUUUAGAAGAUAGAAAAAAGGCAGAGCAGAGAUUGAAUAAAAAUAAAACUAAUUAAUAAAUUGAUAAUGUUAUAUUUUUAUUAACAAUUAAAUUUUCCAUUUACGAAAAUAACUUCUAUAUAAACCUACAUUGCAUACUAUAGUGUACAAGUUCAGCAUAAAAAUGAUUGUUUUGUAUAAAUUGUAAAUACAGUUGCCAAUAACUGAUAUAUAAGUAAAUAUAGACAAAGUAAAUUUAUCUAAUUAUAUUAGUCAACACCUUAUUAUAAUGAUACAAAAUAAAUAGUAUUAUAGAAG